AUGGCUGCUGCAGACGUCCACUUUAAGCUGAAUACCGGCGCUGAGAUCCCUGCCCUGGGGCUUGGGACGUGGCAAUCUGGUCCAGGUGAGGUGGAGAAAGCGGUCUUUCACGCCAUCAAGGUGGGAUAUCGUCACAUCGACACCGCGCUGUGCUACCAGAACGAGAACGAGGUCGGCCAGGGCAUCAAGCAGGCCAUUGACGCUGGCAUCGUCAAGCGCGAGGACCUAUUCGUCACCACCAAGCUGUGGAAUAGUUACCACGCACGUGUCCCGGAAGGACUCGAAACCAGCCUGAAGAACCUGGGGUUGGACUAUGUCGACCUCUACCUGAUGCACUGGCCAAUUGCCAUGAACCCUAACGGCAACCACCCCAUUUUCCCCAAGCUCCCGAACGGAGAGCGCGACAUCAUCCACAGCCACUCGCACGUCACCACCUGGAAGAGCAUGGAGAAGCUCGUCGGCACCGGCAAGGUCAAGGCCAUCGGUGUCUCCAACUACUCCGUCAAGUACCUCGAGGAGCUCCUGCCCCAGGCCAGCAUUAUUCCUGCUGCGAACCAGAUUGAGAACCACCCCUCGCUGCCGCAGCAGGAGAUUGUGGAUUUCUGCAACCAAAAGGGCAUCCACAUUACGGCGUAUAGCCCGCUCGGUAGCACCGGCAGCCCGCUGUUCACGGCCGAGCCGAUUGUUGAGGUUGCCAAGAAGCGCGGCGUUACCCCUGCGACUGUUUUGCUUAGCUGGCACAUCGCCCGCGGCUCUUCUGUCCUCGCCAAGUCCGUCACUCCCGCGCGCAUCGAGGCGAACCGCAGCGACCUCAUUAAGCUUGACGCUGAUGAUGUGGCUACCAUCAAGAAGUACAGCGAUCAGCUGGCUGCUACCAAGUCUUUCCAGCGCUUUGUCUACCCUCCCUUUGGUGUGGACUUUGGAUUCCCCGACAAGAGCUAA